AUGAAGCUCAUCUCCCUCGCUCUGAUCUUUUCCCUCGCUGCCACUGGCAUGGCUUGUUCGCCUGAGCAAGACUGCUGCUGGAAGGAUGUGUUUGCCUGCUACCGGCAGCACUCUGUGUUCAACCGCUCCAAGUGUGAUUCGAACAAAUACAAGGCGCAGAUGUGCGAUAGGAACAACGUCACCCCCGAGCAAUGCGACGCGGACUGCUGUUCAGUGAGCAAGAAGAUCGGCAUUGCGUGCCCUUGA